AUGGCUACCCUGGGCCUGUCCAAGGUCUUCAUACUGGAUAAAUAUUUCACCGAGCUGCAAAAGUUCUGGGAGACCGAGAAGAAGCUGCAAGAUGCGUCGUCGUCGAACGAGGCGGUGCACUUGCAGCAGCGACUUCGUAGCCUCAGCACGGAGCUGGUGACGCUACGCAAUAGGCUGCACGUGAGUCAGCCGCCUGCGUCGGGACAGCCCCAACAGCAACAACAACAACAGGUUGUCGCGACUGAAAAAUCAGGUAAUAACGCGCAGCACGAGGAAAAGGGAGCGGUGCAGCAGCAGCAGCAGCAAGGCCCGGAGAACAUCGCCAGCAUCGAGGAUCUCAUACACUUGCCCGGCCCGUUGACGGAAGAUGCGGUGCUCAAGUGUCUGCAGGCUCGUUUCUGCCUGCAGCGAUAUCACACGAACGUCGGCCCGAUCCUCGUCUGUCUCAAUCCCUACACGAACGUGGGCAAUCCGCUCACCCUGACGAGCACCCGCACGGUGCCGCUGUCGCCCCAUCUGAACCGCGUGGUCGGCGAGGCGGUGCGCCAGCAAUCGGAGACCGGCUAUCCCCAGGCCGUCAUACUGUCCGGCACCUCGGGCUCGGGCAAGACGUUCGCCUCGAUGCUGCUGCUGCGUCAGCUGUUCGACGUCGCUGGGGGCGGACCCGAGACCGACGCGUUCAAGCACCUGGCCGCCGCCUUCACCGUUCUGAGGUCGCUGGGCUCGGCCAAGACGGCCAGCAACAGCGAGUCGUCGCGCAUCGGCCACUUCAUCGAGGUCCAGGUGACGGACGGCGCCCUCUAUCGCACCAAGAUCCACUGCUACUUUCUCGAUCAGACCCGGGUGAUCAGGCCGCUGGCCAAGGAGAAGAACUAUCACAUAUUCUAUCAGAUGCUCGCGGGCCUGUCCACGGAGGAGCGCUGCCGACUGAAUCUCGAGGGUUACGGCGUGGCGAAUCUGCGCUACCUGCAGCACGGCGAUCAGCGCCAGGACGAGGCCGAGGACGCCGCUCGCUUUCAGGCCUGGAAGUCGUGCCUCGGCGUCCUGGGCAUCCCCUUCCUCGACGUGGUGCGGGUCCUCGCCGCGGUCCUCAUACUCGGCAACGUGGGCUUCAGCGACGGGCCCGGGCCCGGUGUCGAGGUCACGGUGGUGGGCGAGGCCGAGCUCGCCGCUGUGGCCGCCCUACUCGGCAUCACGCCCGCCGCCCUACUCAGGGGACUGACCUCGAGGACGCACAACGCCCGCGGCCAGCUGGUCAAGUCCGUCUGCGACGCCAACAUGUCCAACAUGACGAGGGACUCGCUGGCCAAGGCGCUGUACUGUCGCACGGUGGCGACCAUAGUGAGGCGGGCCAACAGUUUGAAGAGGCUGGGCUCGACCCUGGGCACGCUGUCGUCGGACUCGAACGAGUCGGUGCACAAUCAGGCCGAGGUACAGAGCCAGCACGCAUCGACGAUCGGCAGCUCGGCCGGCGGCACGGGCUCGCGCAGCAUGACGGCGCUGAACAACGCGGUGCGCCACGCCACGGACGGCUUCAUCGGCAUCCUCGACAUGUUCGGCUUCGAGGACCCGGCGCCGUCGCAGCUCGAGCACCUCUGCAUCAAUCUCUGCGCCGAGACGAUGCAGCACUUCUACAACACGCACAUAUUCAAGAGCUCGAUCGAGAGCUGCCGCGACGAGGGCAUCAGGUGCGACGUCGAGGUCGAUUACGUCGACAACGUGCCCUGCAUCGAUCUCAUCUCGUCGCUCCGCACCGGACUGCUGAGUAUGCUCGACGUCGAGUGCUCGAUCCGGGGCACGGCCGAGAGCUACGUGGCCAAGGUCAAGGUGCAGCACAAGCAGAAUCCGCGACUGUACGAGCCGAGAACGGUGGACUGUCGCUCGUUCGGCAUACAGCACUUUGCCGGUCGCGUCAUCUACGACGCCUCGGACUUUCUCGACACGAACAAGGACGUGGUGCCCGACGAUCUGGUCGCCGUCUUCUACAAGCACACCUGCAACUUCGGCUUCGCGACUCACCUGUUCGGCAGCGAGCUCAAGGCCCUCUACGCGAGCGACACCGUGCCGAGGGGCGUCAGCUUUCGCAUAUCGCCCACGUCGCAUACCGAUCUAUUGAACGGCGACGAGCCGAUCUCGACGCUCACGCAGGACUUUCACACGCGGCUUGACAAUCUGCUGAGGACGCUGGUGCACGCGAGGCCGCACUUCGUGCGCUGCGUGCGCAGCAACGCCUCCGAGAGCCCCAUGCAGUUCGACCGGAACGUGGCGAUGCGCCAGAUACGCUCGCUCCAGGUCCUCGAGACGGUCAAUCUCAUGGCUGGCGGCUAUCCGCACCGCAUGCGCUUCAAGGCGUUCAACUCGCGCUACCGCCUCAUAGCCCCGUUCAAGCAGCUGCGCCGCAGCGAGGAGCAGGCGAUCGAGGACACGCGCCUCAUACUGCAGAACGCGCAGGAGCUGCGCGGCGGCGAUCAGCUCGGCCUCGGCACCAGCUGGGCCCUCGGCAAGCGGCACAUAUUCCUGGGCGAGGCGACGCGCCAACAGCUCGAGCAGCUGCGCGGCGAGAUCAGGCAGCGCGCCGCCACGGACAUACAGGCCAGUUGGCGGGGUUGGCGCAUCAGGCGACGAUGGACCCUGAGACGGGGCGGCAGCACCAAGCACAGCAGCCACCACCACCACCACCACCAACAGCUGCCGCCGCCGCCCUUGAUCGUGCACCAUCCGAAGCAGCAUCAUCAUCUCAAUUCGCAUCAACAUCCCAGCAAUCAUCACAACAAUCAUAAUCAGCUUCAUCCUGGCUCGCAAUCGUCGUCGGGAGGUAGUACUUUGCAGCGAAAUAUCGCGGCUAUGCAGACUGCUGCCGCUGCCGUUGCUGCUGCUGCUGCUGCGGGAGCGACGGGAACGAGGCCGAGACCGCAGCCGAUCGCCGGUACACCGCCCCCGGAUCCGAUCGAGAUGAAGAUCGCCGACCAGAAGACGAUACAGCAGACCGGCGCCCUUUACGGACUCGAUCUGGAACGACCACCGCCCCUACCACCGAGCAGAUCUUACACGGUCACGGGUAACACGAAGCUCGGCUAUCCGCAGACGAGGGUGAUGAAGAAACCCUUUCCAGAGGAAGGCGAGGGCGAAGUGGUCUUGCUGAAGGGCGAGACGGUCCUCGUGAUCGGCGCCUCUCAGCAUCGGGGUCACCUGCUGGUCGAGUACAACAACGCCACCCUCAGCGUGCCUUAUCAAUUCAUGGAGCUGAAGCCGUGCAACAUCAACGUUUAA